GUCGGGGCCAGGGCAUCUGAGUCCAUCGGCAGUGACCAGUGACAGGAGAAAUGAAGAGGACCAGAGGCAGCCUUGAGGCCUGGGGGAGCCUGGUGCUGCUGUCCCCAAGCCCGUCAGAAACCUGAGCAUGAAGGACCAGACCAACAGCUCCAUCACCCUGAACUGGACAGAACCGGAUGGCAUGGCCUCUCAGCACUACCUGUACAGGAUCGAGUGGGAGGGUGCCGGCCCAGAUGGGAACAAAAGCACGACCAACACCAGCGUCCUAGUGGACGGACUGCAGCCCGGGUCCUGGUACCAGUUUACCGUGUGGGUGGAGCUAAAUGGAAUCCGCAGCUCGGAGGUGACUUGCAACGGCAGCACGGUUCCCAAUGUAGUGACAAGUCUCAGGAUGCAGAACCGGACCAACAGCUCCAUCACCUUGAGCUGGACAGCUCCCAUGGGCCCAGAUCGUCCUUCCUACACCUACCGGGUCUCGUGGGUCAUGGAGGGCAUUAUGGCCAUUAACACUCAGGAAACCAGGGUCUCUAACACCUCGGAUACGAGGAUCACAGUGGAGCAGCUGGAAGCUGGGAGCUUGUACACCUUCACUGUCCAGGCGGAGAGGAAUGGGGUCAGCAGUGACAACAGGACACUCACGGAAGCCACUGCUCCCAACAGGGUCACGGAUCUGCACAAGGAAACUCAGACCAACAGCUCCAUCACCUUGAGCUGGACAGCUCCCAUGGGCCCAGAUCGUCCUUCCUACACCUACCGGGUCUCGUGGGUCAUGGGGGGCAUUAUGGCCAUUAACACUCAGGAAACCAGGGUCUCUAACACCUCGGAUACGAGGAUCACAGUGGAGCAGCUGGAAGCUGGGAGCUUGUACACCUUCACUGUCCAGGCGGAGAGGAAUGGGGUCAGCAGUGACAACAGGACACUCACGGAAGCCACUGCUCCCAACAGGGUCACGGAUCUGCACAAGGAAACUCAGACCAACAGCUCCAUCACCUUGAGCUGGACAGCUCCCAUGGGCCCAGAUCGUCCUUCCUACACCUACCGGGUCUCGUGGGUCAUGGGGGGCAUUAUGGCCAUUAACACUCAGGAAACCAGGGUCUCUAACACCUCGGAUACGAGGAUCACAGUGGAGCAGCUGGAAGCUGGGAGCUUGUACACCUUCACUGUCCAGGCGGAGAGGAAUGGGGUCAGCAGUGACAACAGGACACUCACGGAAGCCACUGCUCCCAACAGGGUCACGGAUCUGCACAAGGAAACUCAGACCAACAGCUCCAUCACCUUGAGCUGGACAGCUCCCAUGGGCCCAGAUCGUCCUUCCUACACCUACCGGGUCUCGUGGGUCAUGGGGGGCAUUAUGGCCAUUAACACUCAGGAAACCAGGGUCUCUAACACCUCGGAUACGAGGAUCACAGUGGAGCAGCUGGAAGCUGGGAGCUUGUACACCUUCACUGUCCAGGCGGAGAGGAAUGGGGUCAGCAGUGACAACAGGACACUCACGGAAGCCACUGCUCCCAACAGGGUCACGGAUCUGCACAAGGAAACUCAGACCAACAGCUCCAUCACCUUGAGCUGGACAGCUCCCAUGGGCCCAGAUCGUCCUUCCUACACCUACCGGGUCUCGUGGGUCAUGGGGGGCAUUAUGGCCAUUAACACUCAGGAAACCAGGGUCUCUAACACCUCGGAUACGAGGAUCACAGUGGAGCAGCUGGAAGCUGGGAGCUUGUACACCUUCACUGUCCAGGCGGAGAGGAAUGGGGUCAGCAGUGACAACAGGACACUCACGGAAGCCACUGCUCCCAACAGGGUCAUGGAUCUGCACAAGGAAACUCAGACCAACAGCUCCAUCACCUUGAGCUGGACAGCUCCCAUGGGCCCAGAUCGUCCUUCCUACACCUACCGGGUCUCGUGGGUCAUGGGGGGCAUUAUGGCCAUUAACACUCAGGAAACCAGGGUCUCUAACACCUCGGAUACGAGGAUCACAGUGGAGCAGCUGGAAGCUGGGAGCUUGUACACCUUCACUGUCCAGGCGGAGAGGAAUGGGGUCAGCAGUGACAACAGGACACUCACGGAAGCCACUGCUCCCAACAGGGUCACGGAUCUGCACAAGGAAACUCAGACCAACAGCUCCAUCACCUUGAGCUGGACAGCUCCCAUGGGCCCAGAUCGUCCUUCCUACACCUACCGGGUCUCGUGGGUCAUGGGGGGCAUUAUGGCCAUUAACACUCAGGAAACCAGGGUCUCUAACACCUCGGAUACGAGGAUCACAGUGGAGCAGCUGGAAGCUGGGAGCUUGUACACCUUCACUGUCCAGGCGGAGAGGAAUGGGGUCAGCAGUGACAACAGGACACUCACGGAAGCCACUGCUCCCAACAGGGUCACGGAUCUGCACAAGGAAACUCAGACCAACAGCUCCAUCACCUUGAGCUGGACAGCUCCCAUGGGCCCAGAUCGUCCUUCCUACACCUACCGGGUCUCGUGGGUCAUGGGGGGCAUUAUGGCCAUUAACACUCAGGAAACCAGGGUCUCUAACACCUCGGAUACGAGGAUCACAGUGGAGCAGCUGGAAGCUGGGAGCUUGUACACCUUCACUGUCCAGGCGGAGAGGAAUGGGGUCAGCAGUGACAACAGGACACUCACGGAAGCCACUGCUCCCAACAGGGUCACGGAUCUGCACAAGGAACUCAGACCAACAGCUCCAUCACCUUGA